AUACUUGACUUAUUUGAGAAUCUCUCUGGGCCCAAAGAUUCCGUAAUAAAAAUUGAUUCCAGUUCUUGAUUUUAUUCCAUCAUAUCUGUAUUUCAUUAUAUAUAUUUUAAUUUUCGUGCAAAUUGUUUGUGUAUAUAUUAAUGGGUGGAGAAAACUCAGAGAAGAAGUAGUCCUGAGUAGCUAAUUCAGAGAAGUUAUUCUGAUUGGUUUCAGUUCUCGGAGUGAGUUUAUCCUAAUCUGAUUGUUUCAUCACCUUGAUCAGGAACAUGAAUGCAUUGGCAGCCACCAAUAGGAACUUUAAGCUGGCUACCCGGCUGCUAGGCUUGGAUUCGAAGCUCGAAAAGAGUUUGCUGAUUCCAUUCCGCGAAAUCAAGGUUGAAUGCACAAUACCAAAAGAUGAUGGCUCCUUGGCGACAUUUGUCGGAUUUAGAGUUCAGCAUGACAAUGCUAGAGGUCCCAUGAAAGGAGGAAUUAGAUACCAUCCUGAGGUUGAUCCAGAUGAGGUGAAUGCGUUAGCACAGCUGAUGACAUGGAAGACAGCAGUAGCCAACAUACCAUAUGGUGGAGCUAAGGGAGGGAUAGGGUGCAACCCGAGCGAAUUGAGCAACUCUGAACUCGAACGUCUCACUCGUGUUUUUACUCAAAAGAUACACGAUUUGAUUGGCAUCCAUACUGAUGUCCCAGCUCCCGACAUGGGAACUGGUCCACAGACAAUGGCAUGGAUUCUAGACGAGUACUCCAAAUUUCACGGCCAUUCACCUGCAGUAGUAACCGGGAAACCCAUUGACCUAGGAGGUUCUCUAGGAAGGGAUGCCGCUACAGGGAGGGGUGUCCUUUUUGCAGCAGAAGCUCUUCUGAAUGAGCAUGGAAAGGGCAUUGCGGGGCAGCGAUUCGUUAUACAGGGAUUCGGCAAUGUUGGCUGCUGGGCUGCCAAACUAAUCAGCGAACAAGGUGGACAGAUUGUUGCAAUUAGUGAUGUCACUGGUGCUGUAAAGAACAAGAAGGGGAUCGAUAUCCCGAGUCUGAUGACACAUGUCAAGGAGAACCGUGGGGUACACGGUUUCCCGGAUGGAGAUGCAAUAGAUCCCAGUGCCAUAUUGGUUGAAGAUUGUGAUGUUCUAAUCCCUGCUGCUCUAGGAGGAGUCAUUAACCGGGAUAAUGCGAAAGACAUCAAAGCCAAGUUUAUCAUUGAGGCAGCUAAUCAUCCAACUGAUCCUGAAGCUGAUGAGAUUUUAGCAAAGAAAGGAGUUGUCAUCCUACCAGACAUAUAUGCAAACUCAGGUGGAGUCACUGUCAGUUACUUUGAAUGGGUUCAGAACAUUCAAGGCUUCAUGUGGGAUCAUGAGAAAGUAAAUGCUGAACUGAAGAGAUAUAUGAGCAGAGGGUUCAAGGACGUAAAAGACAUGUGCAAAACUCAUAAUUGUGACCUUCGUAUGGGUGCCUUCACUCUAGGUGUUAAUCGGGUCGCCAGGGCCACCCUUCUGAGGGGUUGGGAAGCCUAGAAGAUUAUUAUUACUAGUAUUAUAUUGCUAUUAUUAUUACUCUUACAUUAUUACUAUUAUUAUUAUUGUUAUUAAAUUAUUAUUAAUUAUGGAGUAUUAUUAUUAAUAUGCAUAAUCACUCUUCUUUUUUAAUUUGUACUAAUCGGAUAAAGGAAUGCUCCAAUAUUCCCUUCACCCUAUUAUUCUCAGUUGAUGUUAAUUCCAAACACGGGAUGAGAGUUUUGGCAAAAAGACAUUUUUUGCUAUGUAAUGUCGGC